UGGAGACAGUUCCCAGUCCAAAAAUCAGGAUUUCUACAAACUGCAGCACUAUAGGCCAGCACGUAAGCGGAAAUCUGGAUGUUUUUUAAGUUUUGUUUUUUUUUAUGUUUGGAGCAAUCAGAAUAAUCAAACAUUGAAUACCCAUUUAACGCUACGAUAAAUGCACUCUUCAAAUGUAGACAUGCGGAGGUACUGGUUGCCAGAUUAUGAGAAGAAGCUCAUUGGGGAGCUGCAAAGACAACAGAACAGCGCUCAGUUCUGCGACACUUUACUGCAAACAGAAGGUAUUUCCAUCCCCACCCACAGCAGUGUCCUGGCCGCUCUGAGCCUGCACCUGUCCCAUAGACUGUCGACCUCUUCCCCGCCCCCUGCUGUUCAGAAGCACACGCUGCAGCUCCACACUUUGAAGCCGCAUAUUCUUUUAAAACUGAUUGGUUUGUUGUACUCCGGAGAGCUUGAGGUUAGCGGUGUCGUGGAGCAGAGAGAUGUACUAGCAGCUGCUCAUUUGUUUGGGCUCCCUGAUCUAGUUGAGAGAGAAAAAGUUGAAGUUAGAAAUGAUCAGAAUGGUUGCAAAGACUGUAAGAGGGUUGAAAUUGAGAAAAGAGAUGCACAAAUUCAGGUUUCACCGAGAAGCUUUUGUGUAUCUAUUGGCACACAGACAAGUACAUCCAAUUCUGAGAAUCAAGAGACUGCUUCCUUAUCUUAUGUUCAUCAGAGUUGUGGCAGUGUUGAAAACGUUGGAAUUAACACAUCAGAUAACUCAACUUCCACAGCUUGCACAGAACAUUCAAAGACAUACAGUGAAGAAGAGUCAGUUUUAGAAAGAUCGACAAGUGCAACACUCAGUUUGUCUUGUCCAAGUGAAAAUAUGACGUUGCAUCUUUCACCAAGCGAGGAUUCAAUUUGCUCAAGGCUUCAGGAAGGAGAGACCCAGCCAACCCAACCCGAGACCAGUGCGCCGUGCAUCUUUGGCAGUCCAGAACUGGUGGAGGAAGAGGAGGAAGAGUCAGAGGUCUGGGAAUUAAAAGUGCCAGAAAAUAAAGAGAAAACUAACCAGGAAACCAGGAAGGAGGGGGCUGGUGUAGUUAAAAAAAGGCAAGUUUGUAAAAAAGUGGCCACCAAAAGUCUGGAGAAGAUGCAGGAGAUGAUGGAGGCUACACAGAUUUCAAUCAAGGUGAAGUUAAGGAGGAAAGGGACCAAGGAGGAGAUGUGGGAGGUGGUGAAUCUGCAAGAAACGGAUGCUUUUUCAGAUUCUAUCUCUCUUAGAACGGAUAAUUGUAAAAGGCCACAGGGAGAACUUACAGCUGGCCAACCCUGUCCAUCCACUGAUCAAGCCCCUGAACUCAUCACCAGCUCUCCUAAACCAGGACCUCUCACUCGCCUUGCAUCCGGUGAGUCAGUGAGUGCCCCAAGUGGUAACCCUGUGGCACUACAUCCAUCCCGUCUUGUAGAGGAGACAGAUGAGCAGAUAGAGAAGCUGCUGGAGGACAUCAUGAUUGGCCUGAACAUACUGCCAAAUAUUAACAAAAGAAAUGACAAGUCCAGGGUUCUAGAUCUGAACCACGAAGGACCCUCCCAGGUCCAGAAGGACUGUGCUUGUUGUGAAGACAAUGGGGAUCAGCAUGGCAACUACUCAACAGAAACAGGUGAUUCUGGGUGCAUUGUCGAUCCUCCUUCAAAACCAUGUGGCCCCAACAGUGAAUUGAGCCUGAAUAAUUCUUGCACCUCUGCUGGAAGAGGAGAUAGUCCCCAAAACUCACCAUGUACAAAGGCAUCUCCCUGCCUGUUCGCAGCUAACACAGAAUGUAAUCCCCCAGAAAACCCAAACAUCCUGGAGUUUCUACCCAUUUCCACAGAAAAUGAGGACAGUUUGUUUUCUAUGGCUGAUCUUCAGUUUCUCCCAUGUCUGUCUCCUUUAGAUUCUAACAAUAAUUCAACCAAUGAGAAUAAAACCCCAGCUUACUCAUCUCUACCUGGGCGAACCUGGCUUAUGGACAGUCCUAGAUCACUACAGUUUCCAUUGGCAACUAUUGCUAGUACAAGUAGUGGCUGUAAGGAAAAGGGAAGCAAUAAUGAGACAGAUGCCCUACUUACUAGCAAACAAAAAGUGUCAAAAAAAAAGGAUAACAAUGUAACACCUGCAAAAAGGAGGUGCCCAAAUCUUGGUAUAAAUAAGUCUUAUAAGGAUUUAAAAGUGAAAACUGAUGGUAAUGUUAACUUGAGUCACUGUUUGGUGAGUUUGUCAAGCAAUAAUGUGCUUGCAAAAGACAGAACGAGUCCCACCACUGCAUCACCAAGCAAUGGAAGCGAACCACAGACUAUGAUAACAAGAUGUUUAAGAUCGAAGACCAAAACUAGUGAGACUACUUUGAGAAAAACGCCAAUCAGGACAAGAAGAAAAUUGCAGUGUAGUCCUAGCUCUCCAGAAAUGUCUUCCCCCAAUCCUGAAAUGAGUAAAAAUGAAAGAAAGCGUGGAAGACCAAGAAAAAGGAUUGUAAAUAAGGAGAAAAGUGAGCAACAAAUUCAAAAUACAAGUUUGAACAGGACAGAUGAAGUACCAAGCCGAGCUAAAAGGCCCAAACAGGAAGAAGACAUUGAAGAAGGUCCCUCAGAACAGGUGGAUAGUUCAUUUGAUGCAAAAACAGAUGACAAUCGUAUAGUUACAGCAGAGAAGAAACCUCGUAUGGUGAGCCUGAAGGAGUUUCAAGAACUUAUCAAACGCAAACAUUUGAAAACACAACGUACAAAAGACAAGAGUGAGAAAGAACAAAGCAAACAUGUGGAAAAUUGUGAAAGGGGGGAUGCAGUUAGGGCAGACUCAAUUCGGGAAACGGAUGUUGCUAAUACCCAUUCAGCCAAUACUGAUGUGAUAGAAGACAGUGACGAACAGCCCCUAAGCAAACUAUGUUCAAAACAGUCGGCAAAUGCUCAAAAGACUCCACCUCCAGUAGACAACUGCACCAGCUCCAUCAAUGAGUUGAGUAAUUUAUCUGAAAUCAGUGACCAGUCUGAGAUCUGCAUCGAAGUCAUCCCCAAAGAGGUGACCAAGCUCUCAGAAGAAAUGGAAGCGGAUCAAAGGACAAUGCCACAGCUGUUUGAUGAUGUUGUCACAGGCUGUCAAAGUGAAAAUGAACUCACCAUUGACGAUUCAUUCCAACACACUGCAGCACACUUUGAAAACGACACCUCGGCAAACAACAGUUCAGACUUAUAUGAAUCCAAACACAGUGAUGCCAAGAACUCAAAAGAAACGGAGCUGAGUACCAGGAGCUCAGGCGGUCUUCAGAAUGACGAGGAAGACGUGGACAUUCUACUUCAUUCUCCAGAUCGAACUUCAGUAACAACAGAGGGUCAAAAAUCUGUGGAAAUCUCCCAUGAUGAAGAGGAGGAAGAGGAAGAGGAUAGUAACGAUGUUGACGUGACUGGAAGUGAGACAGAUGCAUAAAGGCUUUGUAUGUGUGAAACUUUUAAUGUUCACUAUGCAGAUUUUUUGUUCUAGUAAAACACCCAUUGAAAUGUCAACAUUCAGAGACUUGCCAUGCUGCUAAAUCAAAUUAUGUUCAUAUUCUAGAUGUUACUUUUCUAUUUUGUUUUCAACUUGACCUCAGUAUCUCAUUUUUAUAUUUAAAUGAUAUGCUAAUAGUCUUUACUUUUACCAUUUGAGCAUUUUGUUUGUUUUAUUUAAUUGUAC